GAAAUGGUCGACAUGUCAGAAACUGGAAAGUGAAUUUUGAAGCCUGUUUGAGAUCUGUUAAGUUCGGUCAUCUUGUAAAUAUCCACCACUCAAGAGAUAUAAUGGUGAAUUAUCAAGGACCUAACGUGUGUUAAUUUUGAAUUGAUCAGAAACAGCUGGGCAAAAUGAUUAUAUUUAGUUUGAAUAGUUUUCUCAGUAGAAAGAUAAUUUCUACAUCAACCGUUUUUUACAACAAUUUUAGAGGAUAUGCCUCAGCUUCUCAUUAUGAAGUUCUCGGGGUGAAGAAAAAUGCCUCUCAAGAAGAAAUUAAAAAUGCCUUUUAUGCCAAAUCAAGAAAGUUACAUCCAGAUAAACAUAAUAAUGAUCCGAAGAAACAUGGUCAGUUUGUAAAGAUUAGUGAAGCGUAUACCACAUUGAGUAGUCGAGAAGGGAGAUGGGAAUAUGAUACAGGUAUGCCGUACGGUGUACCAAAACCAGUUUAUUAUAAAAUGAGAACUCCAACUCAACCAGAAGACAGUGAGUUCAACAAUUAUACCUUCAGACUAGCUGUCUUGUGUCCCAUUGGUUUAGUUAUAUUUACUUAUUUAUUAUAUUUUGAUAUUUUACGAACGGCACCACGUUUUGAUGAUGGUGAUAGAUUUUUACAGAAAGUUUAUGAUAAUAAUGAUGAAUAUGUUAAUAUGAAUAAGUUUUACUGGUCAUUAGAUUUAAAAACUCAGAUAUCUCUGGAUGUUUUACCUGAUAAAGAGUUUACGGAAGCAGUCCGGGCAAUGUACCAGUCGUCUGAACAAUGUCAGAAAGAUUUGGCUAAGAAAGCUGCUAAAGAAGAAAGAAAGAAGAAUUAUGUCUCUGUGUACAAGAUCGAUGCCAGACCAAAGAGUGUCAGGGAUGCAGAAGCUGCCCUGAAGGCCCAAAAAACUCAAGAAGUAGAACAACUUACUCAAACCAAGAGUUAGGAAAUUAAACUAUAAAUGAAAGUUUGAAGAAGUUGAAAUUAAUACAUGAUAAAAAAUAGUGAGAAAGUUUAUAGUGAGCUUGUCUGUGAUCAGAGACAGUAAUAUUAUGUU